AUGGAAAACCCGAAUAAAACCACCACAGCGACAAGACCUUUGUCCUCGAUUUCUGCAAGUUCCACCAAGUCAUUCAAGGUGGUUAUGCGUCAAAGACAACGCAAAUCACGUCGACGCAAUGUGCUAAAUCAAACCUUGGAUAACUUCUAUAAUAUCUUACGUCGUACUCAGGCGGAUCAGACUGUUAAAUCGGCAAAAAGUUGGGCGAACGAAUACGAAGCCUAUAGGAAAUCGGUCAUAUUUGAGGAGGUUUACGUGAACGGCAUCACGCUGGGUGAGGGGAUUGGGGGAAUUGACUCUGUGGAACUUGUCAACUUUACUGUGUAA